AUGUCUUCUUCGAUACCACCCAAGACCAAAUUAGCGGUAAAUUUACGUAUUGCCGUGGUGCAAUUGAACCCACAGAUUGCUCAGGUAUCGCAAAAUGUUUCAAGAGCUACGACUAUGCUAAGAAAGCUAAAAGACACCUUGGAUAAUUCUGGCACCGGAAAGAAUCUUGACCUAGUAGUUUUCCCGGAAUUUGCAUUGACUGGUUACAAUUUUCAUUCGAGGGAUCACAUUCUGCCCUACACAUCAAGGGCAAAGGAUGGGCCUUCUUUUGAUUUGGCAAGAUUGGUUUCCAAGAUGUUCAGCUGCUAUACCGUCAUUGGAUAUCCUGAACGUGUAAGCACUGAUGCUGAUUCCAAAUUAUAUAAUUCAGCUAUUUUGAUCAGUCCAGAAGGUGAGUUAGUUUUCAAUUACAGAAAGUCUUUUCUUUACAAUACAGAUGAAGAUUGGAACUGCCAGGAGAACCCUGCAGGGUUCCAAAAUUUCCCACUCUUAUUUAAAGGCAGAGGGAAAGAUCUAUCCAAAGGUAAAGAAGGAAAUGCAGUGGAUGUAACAUUGAAAACAUCAAUUGGAAUAUGCAUGGAUCUGAGUCCUUAUAAAUUUCAGGCACCAUUCCAAGAUUUUGAAUUUGCAACCUACAACGUGGACAAUAAUAGCGAGCUGAUCAUAUGUCCAAUGGCGUGGCUUCACUCCAGCUCAGUAACGAGUGACUUGAGAAAGGAAGAAAUAACUGAAAAGGUUUCCAAGAUCGAACAACACACGAGACAACAACAUCUCCCUGCAUAUGGAUCUCAGGGUGAUUACCAGUAUGAUUUCGAUAAUAGAAAUAUCACGAAAAGAUUAUCAAGUGAUUCAGAUCUGUUGCAAAAGGACUAUACGGACUUUGCAAAACCGGAUAUGUCAAACGUGAAUUACUGGUUACUCCGGUUCACACCUUUUCUCGCAUUAAGGCAAAGAUAUCUAUGGUCCAUAGAAGAUUUGUUUCCUUUUCUGGAGAAAAAGAGAAGUGCAUCAUACAUGGGUUCUUCCAUUGAUGGAAUAUGGAAGUUUAAAAACAAGAAUGCAAUUGUGGUUAUGGCAAAUCGGUGUGGAAUUGAAGAUGGCACUACAGUUUUCGCUGGUAGCUCAGGAAUAUACAAGUUUAACGGAAAAUUUGAUAACGAAGAGGGACACUUAGAUUCGGAAAACCAAAGUGUUGAGCUACUGGGUAAUCUGGGUAAAGGUGUGGAAGGAAUAAUAAUGAGAGAUGUCAAUUUUGAAGUUUUCCGAAAUGUGAAUGAAAAAUGCAAUCAAUGCAUUAGAAGAUAA